CGGAUUUUUUUUAAAGGAAUUUACCUACAAUUACAGCUAUUAAAAUGCUUAUAAAGUAGUGCUACUCAGUGCAGACAAGUGCAAUAAAUCCUGUAUCCAUCCUGACCAUAUUAUUAGUGGUCAGACAAUCAAUUAAGAGCUAAAGACCACACAUAAACUACGACGCAGCGUCAGAGAUAACCAAUUUUAUGCUGUAAAGGAAAAGAAACAGGAUUAUGGAGCAAAACUCCAGUAGCAGCAGCGACUCUUUCGCCGAAGAAAAUAACAGCGGCGGCGGCACCGCACGCUUUGUAGGCACUGGCGACGUCGCCGCUAGCUAUGGAAUGGAAAACUGCGCGACUUCUACAUCGGCUGCAGCAGCAGCGGGGGUGGUAGUGCUCGCCACCUCUUGCGGCGAGGCAGUUAGCGCUACACAUGAGUUCCAGACGAUGAAACCAGGCAUUGGACAAAAGCAACUAGGUAUUAGUGCCGCUAACAGUGGACGAGCCGAGCUCCCACACAGUGAGCUUGUAAAAAUGCUUUACUAUUUGGAGGGGGAGCUGCAGGCGCGAGACGUGGUUAUUGCUGCCUUGCGCAAUGAACGUGUAAAACAGCUUAUCACACAAUUGCGGACGAAACGUGUGCAACCCAAUGAUCCGCACGCAGCCAUAUUUCGUGAUAAGAUCGCUCUCAACGGCAAUCUAAUCUCGCGAGAGUCUUCGACUCAGGCAGCACAAGCUGAGAUGGAGGUUCGACAGAUAAUUGAACAGCAAAUGGAACAGCAAUACCAAAUGGUUAGCAAACAGCGGGCCACACAUGUACGCAUGGUGAAUAUAUUAACCGAGUCGUUAGAGAACAAUCAACGUAUGUUGCAAGAGUUGGAGGAGGAGAAACGUAAGCACGAACAUGACACUGCUCAGGGCGAUGAUAUAACCUAUGGCCUGGAGGUGGAGCGGACCAAGCUUCGGCAAGAGCUUGAAGAAGAGCGGGCCCAAGUGGCCAAGAUGGAGAAAGACCUCAAGAAACUGCAGGAGACGUUCGAAUACGAACGUAACAGACAGAAACAAAUAGUUCUAUUGUUAAUAGCCGAACGUAAAAAGAUUUUGAUGAAGUAUAUAGAAGAGGGCAAACGCUCUGAGGACUUAGCUCAAAUUCUAGCCGAAGAGAAACAACGUUCGGACACAAUUGCCGAGGGUCUCGAAGAGGAGAGCAAAAAGUCAUUGCGCAUGGAGGAAGAGCUGGAGAAGCAAACACAAGCCAUGGAGCUGGAGCGCAAGACGCUGCUGGCAAAUUUGGCAAAAGAGGAAUUGCGUGUCAAGGAACUAGAACAGGAGCUCAAUGCAUUGCGUGGCGAGAAUGAGGCACUCAAGAAACAGCAACAUCAGCAGCAACAUGCGACUAACAGUGCCAGUGGUUCUGUUGCUGCCGCCAAGGCGCGUCAGUUUAGUGACGAAACGUGUGCCACUCCCAUUGUGAACAUCGCCAAAAUUGUGCAGCCAACAGCAACAGUGACAAGCAUGCCAGUCUCGGGCCCCCAAACAGGCAUAGCGCGUUCCAUAGCGCCAGGACAGAAUAUACGCAGUAGCGCAGGCAUAGCCACAGCGCCUAGCGGCACGGCCACGCCACCCACAGCAGUAGCAGCGCCAAAUGCUCCACCAGUCAGUAGCAGUAUCAAUAGCAGUGGUCCCAACAUCACAGAUGGCAUCAGUGCGCCAUACACCACUGUAGUAGCUAGUACAGCAACAACCAGCGGAGCUAGCAUUGCUCCGUCUGCUGUAGCGCCACCUUCGCCCUCGCCGGCUAAGAUGCAACCGACAGCAACUAUUCAACGUGCUCCAGGUGGCAAGUAUGCAGCUCUGGCUGCUGCAGCGGCGCUAGAUCAGACAGUCACGCCACAUCCACACCCACAUCCUGUGCCCAUCGCUGUGCCACCCGUGACUGUACCGCCGGCCGGCGCACGUGGUGCACCACCACCGAUACCCACAAAACCGAUUGUACCGCCGAAACGUGAGCCGUCGUUGUCCCGGCUCGGCUCUAUUACCAGCGGCAGUGCCGCGGCCACUGCCAUUGCAGCAGCUGCUGCUGCUACGGCGGCGGUGGCCUCCACUGCAUCCUCCACAAGCGCUGCAGCGGCGACUGCAGUAGCCAAGCAUAAUUAGACAUUUUCCUAGACAUUACAUCCACAAAAUGUAUGCGCAUAAUAAAACAUACAUAUGUAUGAUUGUUCUGUAGGAGUGUGUGUAAAUGUGCUCUAGAAUGCAUUUAGCGUUUGAAAACACUUACAGGUGUACCUAGAGGCAUUUUCGCACUAACAAAAAUUGUGCAUCCUAAAUAUGGACCGGUCCAACAUUUCAAGAAAUUCAUUGAAUUAAUUAAAACGAAUCUAGUGGCUCCUCAGUUAGUUUGUUCAUUCCUGUCAUUUGCACAUUUAAUUAUUGUUCUUAGAUAAAUGAAACCUUUUCAUUUUGAGAAAAUAUUAAAACUUGAACCCAAUUUUAAAUACUAAACUAUCAUCAAAUAUUAAUUUUUCAACAAUUUUAGUUGUACUUAUUUGUCCGUCGUAAGCUUUCAUUCUACAUACAAUUUUUAUAACAAAGUGAUAAUCAUGACUAUGGAAGCGAAUGCUGUAUACAUAACAUUUAUAUAAGAUUUGGUUGGGUUGCUUCCUGUAAAGCCCCACCCAUCGUGCCUCUAUAUAUGCCCUCCAAUAAUUAUAUUUCAAUUACAAAACAGAGCGACAUACUUUUACAAAAUACGCGAAUUGUUAAAUGCCUUCUAAAGCACACAUGCACACAAUAUAAUCUAUAAUACUCAAGAGCGAUCGUAGCCCUAUAAUAAUUACCCUAUGUAUUGGCCGUAAGCAUCCUACUUGAAACAAAAAGUUUGUUAAGCAUAUUAAUACGAGUUUAUAUGUUACAAAUAGAGAAAACAUGCAGAACACACGGAGCAUGUUGCAUGUCAGGCCAGACAAGCUCUAAUUUAAAUAUGUAUUAUUUUUUAUCAUCCGUUAUUAUGCUUUUUUAUAAAGCCAAAUUGAUAUGCAACACGCCCGAAGUAGUUAUCUUGUGACUUUAACUUUAUAUUUUCCGGCCCAAAAUAUUUGUAACUAGGCCGUGUGAUUCUCAUGACAAAAAUACCGAAACAUAAAACUAUAUAUAAAUACAUAAACCUAUAUAAAUAUGUAU